GAUUAACUGAGCGGUCGCAUUGAUUGAAAAGUGUUGUGUUAAAAAUCGUGAGUUACGAUGUGGAAACUUUUUAUGGUCAUUGCCAUUAUAGGCUUCGCCUCAGCAAUAAAAGUACCCGUUGCCAAUUCAGAAAACACAGAUUCAACAUAUCUAGAAAACAACAAACCGAUAUAUGUACCUGCAAUCCAGGAACCUUUGCACCAAACGUUGAAAUCUGAAGACGUCGAAGCGCCUGCCACGUUUCUACUUCCACCUACAGAUGAAGCCUUAAUGUAUUACAAGCCACAAGAGAGCGACAGUGAUUGGUAUCCAAUCGCGGCAACCACACAAACAAAAUCGCCUGAACGAGAAAACUUACGUAUAGCGAAAUCACAGAGAGAUGUAUUACCCGCCACAAUGCUUUUACCGCCAUUAGAAAAUGCACUCAAUUUUUACUUUGCGGAUCCUUUGAAAUCCGUUUCCAAAUUGAAACAACCAACGAUAUUGUACCCAAAGAAGUUUGUUGGGUACAAACCUGUCCCCAUUCCGAUUGCGCAAUUCGCUGAAAAUUUAACGGAAAUCCCGAGAGCUAAGCCUCUUAAACCGUUGACACCUUAUCCGAGCAUUGAUGGCAUUUAUAUAACACCAAUAGAUGAGAAGAAACAGUUCCUAUAUGCUCAGGCAGAAGAGAAAAGAAAACUGAAGAAGGAACAGGAGGCGAGUCAGGACAUCGUUACUGAAGAAAAUGCACAGAAUAAUGAAAAAAUCGUUAUCCCUCCCGAACAGCAAGCUUCAGAAUCGAAUCAUGAUUACCCAGAACAAGAAAGCUAUACUGCAAAGCAGAAUGUGAAGAGGCCUGUAUACGUCCCGGCUAAUAAAGGGGAAAGAACGGAAUUCCGUAUGCACGGCAUGAACGGUCCUCAUAGUUACCAAUUUGGUUAUGAUACGGGAAAGGGGAAGAAUCGUCAAUUUCGCUAUGAAGAGCGCGACAAUGAUGGUCAUGUGAGAGGGCACUAUGGCUACAUGGAUAAAGGUGGAAAACUCAGAGUCGUUAAAUACGACGCUGACCCGAAAUUAGGUUUCAGAGCAGACCCACCAGUCAUUCAAGAAUGAAAUUGUGACAUAUUACCUAUGGUUAACUGCUGUCAAAGUUCACUCAAAGCUUCUUAAGAUAUUUGGUCUAUACAGAGACAACAAUAAGAGAUUUCGGACUUUAAACCUACUUCAACAUGUUUUUUGUAUAAAUACUCUGAUUUGUGUGUCAGGUUUGUGUCCACGGAAUGAAUAAUAUUAUAGACACUGCAAAUCUAACGCAUAUGUUAUUAAACCAUAAUAUUUAUUUUAUUAAAUAUUAUGGUUUAAUAACAUAAUAUGCGUAUUAGCUGAUAUAGAAAAUUAUAGAAGUUAAAAGUCUGAUCGACAAGUUUAUUUAUAUAUUCUGUGGUUGUAUCUAAACCUCUAUACCAACUUUCAUUGCUCGUGAUUAUCCAUUUUGCUCACCUUGGAAUGUCGAUUUUUAUAAACCAUAGAUAAAGGUUGUUUGCGACUUACUAGUGCCCUAGUUGUGUCACGUAACAAACGUAAUUUAUUGUCGCAGGGUCUUUGUCUAAGCCAACUUGUCUAGGAAAUUAGUAUUAUAAGUAAAACUCAAAACUAUUUUAUAUAGAUACACUUAUGAUAGGAAUGAGGAAGUCGUAUUAAUCAGAUUUUAUUAUAGUUUAAGUGUUAUUAUUGUUAUAAUUUUUGAGUAAGUUGCGCCAAAGAGGUGUUAUUUCCCGUAGAAUAAGACACAUUUGUAUAUAUAAUAUUUAUUAGACUAUAAAUGUCAACAACAUUGCCAUUAAACAUGUAAACAUAUAAAACAUUUCUUUUAUUGGUAAAAAAUAAUUACGACCUAAGAUUCUUACUUCUACUUUUUAAAAUCUCUCUUAAAAAACGGUACAAAAAUAUUUC